AUGUCCGGACAGGCUGAUGUGUGGAGCGUAAUAGCGGCUUUGGCAGUAAUAGGCAUCUUCUGGAUCAAGCACCAACCCACUCCAGGGAAUUAUGAGCCAUUGUACAGGACUUCCAUGCGAGAAAUGGUUGCUCAAAUCGAUACUGAUGCAAGCACGGAUGUUGUGGUCACGAAACAGUCCGAUUAUCCCCAAAAUUGGUGGACAUCGAACGAGCUCUUAGAACUCGAGCGACGAGCAAUUUUCGCAAAGAUGCCAAUAGCACUUGCUCAUGCAAGCCUGUUCUUCAAACCAGGCUCAUAUCGUGUUUUUGAUCAUCCUUCAGGAUACCCGAUAUUUCUAGUGCUAGGAAAAGAUUCCGUCUUGCGUGGAUUCCAUAAUGUAUGCCGACAUCGUGCUUACCCAGUUGUCUCAAUGAAACAGUCUGGUUGCACCCCGGUCCUUAGCUGUAGAUAUCACGGUUGGGGCUACGACCUUCGAGGGAAACUUGUCAAAGCGCCAAAAUUCGAUGGACUUGAUGGCUUUGACAAAAGCGAAAUCUCUUUAUUCGAAAUCAGUGUUCGGGUUGAUGCCAACGGAGUGGUCUUUGUCAACGUCGGCGCUCUUCCUAAACCACCUGUUCCGACCGACGUCAGCAGGUUUAGCAACUACCGCAUGGAGUCUUGGGAAGUCGAGGUCCAUUUCAAUUGGAAGUUCGCCGAGUUUGCAGAUGCCUUCGAUCUUUCACAUAUCAUCGGAAAACAUACUCCUAAAACUCUGCUAGGAGCUCUAUUCGAUUACCUAAACUUUCAAAGAGGCCCCGAUCACUUGAAACCCAACGUACUGAUCGAUAUCAUGCAUGAUCAGGAGCUCAAUUCUUUGCUCAUGAUCAAAGUGCGCCCAGUUGCAGCGGAGAAGUGCGUUCUGGAAUGUGCAUUCUACUCAAGCCCUGCCAUCUCAGACUCGUCAUCGAUCCGUUCGGAUAUCGAAGAGGAGAUAGUCCACUGCGUUUCGUCUUUGCAGACGGCAUAUGCAAAGAGCAAACUGAUGAAUCCUCCGUAA